GUUGCACUCACGUCCCUCCCAUUCAGUCAACUCUGUACGAGGCGGGCAGUCAAGCGUCUUCAUAGCGCAAAUCCCCAUCACACGUCAGAGACGACAUCAUUAUUUAAGGUUGAAUCAAGUUGGGAAGAAAGUUUUGCGACAGACAGUGUUGCCAAGCAGCUCCUAGGUAGUGGACCUAGUUAUUUCGCCCAGUUUAUCGCCCAGUUCUUACGGAUAUUAUUUUUAUAGAUCAGCAAUGCCACACACCGUGACAUUGAAUGGACCCUCACCUUGGGGUUUUCGACUGGUCGGUGGAAGGGACUUCAGUACACCGUUAACUAUUUCGAGGGUGACACCGGGCAGUAAGGCAGCACAGGGGGACCUGUGUCCUGGAGACACCAUCCUGGUCAUCAAUGGGGACAACACAGAGACCAUGACACACAUGGAGGCCCAGAACAGGAUCAAGGCCUGCAUUGGGGAGCUCACACUGGCCAUCUGCAGGUCAGGAGACAAAGUCUGGUCUCCAAAUGUUAUUGAAGAUGGCAAGACAAGUCCAUACAUGGCCACAUUGGAGUCUGAGUCACCACAGAAUUUCCGACCCAUUAGCACUGGACCAAUGACCAGUGGUUACAGCAGCAGCUACAGCAGGGGGAACAACAGCAGCGGUUACAGCCGAAAACCCUCCUACACUCCCGAGCUGCCGCACCUCAACAACGGCACCUCCAAGCAGUCCAACCAUGCGCAGUACAACAACCCAGCCAGCCUGUACGCACACAACAACGGCAGCAACGGAGACAGAGACAGGGUCUUGCCAAAACAAAUGAGCGGCCUGAGCCUAGGGUCUCCUCACAGCCCUGAGCCUCCGAUGCGUUCUCCUAUGGGGCGUAAUGGAAACGGUCAUAGUUUUGAAGUCACCACAGAGUCAGAUGUGUACAAGAUGCUGCAAGACACAGAGGAGCCAGUCUCCGCACCCAAACAAUCCGGCUCCUUCAAAUACCUACAAGGCAUAUUGGAGGCAGAGGAUGGAGGUGUGUCCCCUACUGACAUGUCUGGAGUGAGAGGCCUUAGGUCCCCGGACCGAUCCCCAGUCCCUAAACUGGGCAGCCCCAUCCCCGGCCACAUGGGCCCCAUGCCCGGCCUACAGAAACUCCCCCAGUGCACGCGCUGUGGCAACGGCAUAGUGGGAACCAUCGUGAAGGCCAGAGACAAACUGUACCACACAGAGUGCUUCAUGUGUGAUGACUGCGGCAUGAACCUCAAGCAGAGGGGCUACUUCUUCAUCGAGGAGAACUUGUAUUGUGAGACCCACGCCAUGGCCCGCGUACAGCCUCCUGAGGGAUAUGACGUGGUCGCCGUCUACCCCAACUCCAAGGUUGAACUGGUCUGAACUUGUCUGACUCUCACACAGUCCCCCCUCAGACAUGUGCCUGCAGUCUUAUCCACAGCUCCCAGCCCGUAUCGAUGUGUUCCAUUUCCAAUGCACUACAUGUCCAAGCUGUUGCCAGGAAGUAUCAGUUUAGAGUUGGAUACUAGAGAGUGGGAAAAUUUAGUUUCCAGAGGUUUUAAGUCUCUCUUUAAUUCUUUCACACUUACAGCAUACUCUUCCUAUUUCGGACGGAUUAACAUU